ACGCUUAUCAUUCAACUUUAAAUAGUCUUAGCGAAGAAACUAAACUUAAGAAGUGGAAUCGAUUUUAAUUAAAAUCAAAAAUUUCUAAUUUUUUUCGAUAAAAUAUUAAGCAACUAAAAAAACAGUAUAGUGUAAAGUGAUAAUGACCACAUAUACCGAUAAAGGAGCCAAACCAGAAGCCGGUAGAUUUCUUUCGUUCGACCAUUUAACCUUUUACGUUGGCAAUGCCAAACAGGCUGCUAGUUUCUAUACCACCCGCAUGGGUUUUACACCCUUGGGUUAUCAAGGUUUAGAAACCGGCAAUAGAAAAUAUGCCAAACAUGCUGUUAAACAAAAUAAAAUUGUAUUUGUUUUCGUCUCCGCCUAUACCACCGAUGAUGAGGAACAUGGUCAUCAUGUAAUGAAGCACGGUGAUGGUGUUAAGGAUGUAGCCUUUGAGGUCGAAGAUAUUGAAGCUAUCUUUAAGUUUGCCAAAGAAAAGGGUGCUGAGGUUGUAAGAGAAUUGUGGGAGGAAACCGAUGAAUAUGGUACCGUUAAAUUUGCUACCAUUAAAACAUACGGUGAUACCACUCACACCUUUGUGGAUCGCAGCAAAUACCGUGGUGUUUUCUUGCCCGGUUUCAAAUCCCUGCCCAAAGAUGUUUUAUUGGAAAAUUUACCCGCCGCUAAAUUAGACUUCAUUGAUCAUGUGGUCGGCAAUCAGCCCGAUUUGCAAAUGGAAAGUGUAGCCGCUUGGUAUGAACGCAUUUUGCAAUUCCAUCGUUUCUGGUCUGUAGAUGAUUCACAAAUUCAUACCGAAUACUCAGCUUUGAGAUCCAUUGUCAUGGCCAAUUACGAAGAGACUGUUAAGAUGCCCAUUAAUGAACCAGCUAAGGGCAAAAAGAAAUCACAAAUCCAAGAAUAUGUAGAAUACUAUGGUGGUGCUGGUGUCCAACAUAUUGCUUUAAAUACCAGUGAUAUUAUCACCGCCAUUAGAAACUUAAAAGCCAGAGGCAUGGAAUUUUUAACCAUACCCGAUUCUUAUUAUGAAAUUUUAACUGAAAAUCUUAAACACAGUCGUACUAAGAUUAAGGAAGACAUGAAAAUACUUAAGGAAUUGAACAUUUUAAUCGAUUACGAUGAAAAUGGUUAUCUGUUGCAAAUUUUCACCAAAAAUAUGCAAGAUCGUCCCACAUUGUUUUUGGAAGUUAUACAACGUCAUAAUCACAAUGGUUUUGGUGCAGGCAACUUUAAAUCUUUAUUCACCGCCAUUGAAAUUGAACAAGACAAACGUGGCAAUUUGUAAAUAACAUUUUAAACAUUUACUUUUUCUUUUUAUUUCUGUUUACCGGCACAAAGGCCUUGAUAAAUGCUAUUUUAAUAUAAAAUAAAUAUAGUUUUAAUUAAUAAUUAA